AUGCACCCUGGUCAGUACUCUCAGAGGCAUUUCGAAGCAGCAGCAGCGUCGACAGCAGACGCGCCAGGCGUAACACUGGCAGGCGAGACAGAAGUAACGGAGGCGAGUAGGCGAGUAAACGAGAGCCUGGGAAGGACGGACGGCGGGAAUGCCGAGCGAGACGGUUGCGAGAGCAGCGAGAGUUGGAGCCUUAGGGGGGGAAAGGCGGGUGAAAAGAACGAGGGAUGGGAGGCGGAGGAAACGGUUGCCGAUGGAUUUGAAGAGCGAGAGGAAGACAUAGGGGCUGAGGAAGAGGAGGAGGAGGAGGAGGGCGAGAACGACUGGGUGGAGGGGGAGGCGGGCGAGGACGACGGGGGUGACCUGGUGUGCGAUGGAGAGGGGCAAGGCGGGUUGGAGGACGCGGAGGGCGGAGUCCGCGCGCAGUGCCGGUCGUUCGAAUCCAUGUCGUCAGCGGGCAGUCCCAGCCUGUGCCUGGGCCCGGGGGGAGCGGGCGAACCGGGGUCGCUCACGGAGUCGGAAGGGGGGAGCUUCGCGGAUGCGCGCUGGCACGUGGCUGCGCCAGGCAUGGGCGCAGGGGGGAUGGGCAUUGGAGGAAUGAGCAUAGCGGGGAUGGGCAUGGGGGGCAUGGGCAUGGGUAUGGGGACCGAAGGGAAAGGGGAGGAGAAAGGGAAAGGGGGGCCUGUUCCUGCUAGAAGGAUCCGUAGCUGUGACGAGUCGUUCUAUAAGGUGGGGACAGGUGGGGAGGGUGGCGUGAGGGGAAGGGGAGAGAGCAAGGAAGGAGGAGGAACGGGGACGAGAGGAGGGAGUACAGAGAGAGCCGGGGAAGAGGGGAGAGAGAGUAAGAAUAAGAAGGGGGGAGAAUUUGAGAGGAGGGGAGCGGAUGGGCGGGAUGGUUGUGCGAGGGAAGAGCGAAGGGAUGGCAAGGAAAGGAGAGGAGGCGAGGGGGAAAGAGGGUUAAGGAACAAAAAUCCUGGUUUUGAGAGAAGGGAAGGGAAGGAGAGGAGCGAGGAGGGGGAGGAGGGGGGAGGGAAAGGGAGGAGAGAGAGGAGGUACAGCAGUGCAGGGAAGGUGAUGCAAAGAGUGAGAGGGAGCAGAGAAAGCAGGGACUGGAGGGAUGGGGCGGAGGGGGAGGCGAGGCGAAGGAGGGGCCACCACGCGCGACACGCUAGUGCUAACAAUGCUACCUCUGGUGCUGCUGCCCAUGUGCCCACUGGCCUGUGGGUUAGCUCCAGUGGGGUUCCCACUCCGGCUGUCUUUGCAGCAACGGUUCCACUGUUCCUGGCUGCGUCUCCUGCAUGCGCUGCUGUUGUGCCAAUGCCAACAGCAGCAGCAGCAGCAGCAGCAGCAGCAGCAGCAGCCACGGCAGCAGCUGCUGCUACAGCAGGAGUGGUGGUGUCGCAGCCCUUACCACCGGGCUCUGCUAGCACCAGCGGACCCUCCCAUGUCCCCAAGAAAAAGGUGCAUGCGAUGCAUGCGAGGAAUGAUUCAGCCGACAAUCCACCCACCAAACCGGCCUGCAAUUCACCCGCUGCUGCUGCAGCCCAUGCUCUCGUUUCAGCAGAUCCCAGCAUGCCUGUUGCUCAAGCAUCCACACAUGGGCCAUAUGGUCGGUUUGAUAACUUGCCACUGCCAUAUGGGGCACUAGUGCUGGGUUCAACAGCGGGGGACAACGGCAUGCCAGGAGCAAUGGCGCAUAGGGCAAACCUGGGACCUGUGUUUAUUCAUCAGCAUGAGUGGGAAGGGGGCAGGAGGGGCGAGGACGAUAGGGCAGGGGGAGGUGCAAGGCAUGAGCUUGUGGGUUCAGAUGCGGGGGAAGAAGAAGGAGCAGGAGAGGUUGACGGGUUGUCAUUCAAGGGGGGUGUGGCAGAGGCGAGUAGGAGGGGAGAAGGUUGGGGAGAUGUGGCAGGAGAAGGGCUGGUGCUGGGAAGAGAUGUUCCAUGCCGGCAGCUCGUGCUGGGAUUGGGAACAAGAGGAGUCCGUGUGGGGGAUGCGAUGGGAGCAGAUACAGCUGAAGCAAGCACAGGCAUGCAGCAGCAGUUGGGGAUGGGCGUCAUGGUAUCAGGAGCAGUGGGAGCACCGGGAGCAGUGACAGGAGCGGGAGCAGGGGGAACAGGGACGGCAGUGGGAGCAGGGGUACCCAAUGAUGCGCCUCUCUCACCCUCGCUCUCCUCGCCUUCCUCUAUCUCCUCCUCCUCCUCCUCGUCCCGCUCAGCAAGGCCGAGGGCAGGGAGACAAAAGAACCCAUCCAGAGCUCGAGCAACAGUUUCAGCAGUUCCAGCCACAGCAUCAGCAGCAGUAAUAGUAGUGGAGCGUGACACACAGCAUGAUGCACAGCAUGAUACACAGCAUGAUACAGAGCAGGUGAAGGAGCUGUUACCUGGCCCGUCUUUUUCUUCAGUGCCCUCCUCUCCAUCCUCCUGCUCCGCCUCCUCUUCCUCCUCGUCCUCCUCCUCAUUCUCAUCUUCCCCUCCAGCUCCCAAAACAACCACUGCGUCAACAGCAGCAGCUGCUGCAACCACCACUGCCGCUGCUGCUGCCGCCGCCGCUGCUGCAGCCGCAGCCGCAGCAGUGGAGGGAUCUCUAAGAGAAAGAGCAGGGGCAGCAAUGGACCCAGUCGAGCUCCUCAAAAGCGAGAUGCUUAAGGGAGACCCAGUGGGAAUCCUCGCUGCUGCAGAGGUCAUCCGGCACUUAGCUAAGCGCAGCGCUCGGUGGCGCGAGCACAUCACAGUAGCGGGUGGAAUCCCGCCGCUGCUCGCUUUGCUAAAAGCUGCGCAGCACCCGGUGUUAGUGGAAAGUGCAGCAGCUGCAGUGAGGAAUCUGGCGAUCGAGGAAGUGAGCCGGAAGCUUCUGCAAGCGGUAGGGGCGGUGGGGCCGGUUAUAGCUGCUCUUGUCGAGGCAGGAGGAGGGGAGAUUAAAGGGGAUACAGGCAGUGGUGGUGCUGCUGGGAGCAGCAGUCGUGGAUCUGACCUCAUGAGAGAUUCAAAGCACCAGAAUCAGAGCGUUGCUGAAAAUCUCUCCUCUGUCGAGUCUGCUGCUGCUGCUGCUGCUGCUGACGAUUGUGAAGAUGGAGACGGAAGAACAGCUGCUGCUAUGGCCCAUGCCGCACUACACAGUGGCACUAGUGCUAGAUCUCCUGCUCCUGAUCCUGAUCCUGCUCCCCGCGGUGUGGGCUCCCCUGGAUCCACCAGUCAUCGUCGCCUGGCCAGUGCGAUACAAGGCUCCCUUGGUGUUCUCGCCAGCGGCAGCGGCAGCAGCAGCAGCUACGGCAGCGGCAACGAGACCUCGUUUUCCAUCCAGGAGCAUGCAGCUGCCAUUCUCUUCAGCCUUGCCAAGAGCGACGACAUGAAGAAAGAGAUCGGGCGCCUGGGAGCCAUCCCCCCUCUCGUCCGCCUCUUCUCCUCCUCCUGCCCCACACUCCCCCUCAACUCCCCUUCCUUCUCCUUCCACGUCGCCCCGACCCCUCCGCACCCCCUCCCACCGCACAGCAUCUCUCUCCGCGUGCUCUACUACCUCUCAGUGUACCGGCCGAACAAAGCCUUGAUUGUGGCAGCGUGUGCUGUGCCGUGCCUGCUGUCUGUGGUGCGGGAGCAAGACUCCAAGUCCAUGCUUGCAGAUGAUUGUGUGCUGCUGCUCACAUCACUGGCUGCGGUGCGAGAAGGGCAAGAGGCGAUUGUGGAGAGUGGCGGGAUUGCAGUGCUCGGGAGGGUGCUGGAGGAUGGGACGAUGCUGGGGAGGGAGAAUGCGGGUGCGGCGCUGCUGCUGCUGGCACGGGCGGAAGGGGAGUGGCUCAAGGGUAUAGUGGCGGAAGCGGUGCUGCCGUCUCUGCUGGAGAUUGUGAAUGGGGCGGGCCAGAGCAACCGAGCACGGUCUAAGGCCCAGGAGCUGCUGAAUCUCAUAAGAGGAGCCCAGCGGCGGCCGGUCACAGUCUUGGAUAAGGUAAAGCAGGAGCUAAAGAGCAAGCCUCGUUACAUGGGGCAAGUAGACUAG